AUGCAGCCCCUGGUGAUGCAGGAAUGGCUCCAUGUCCUCCCACGAUGUCCUGAGUGGCACCUCCGGGACCAGGCACAGCACAGCAGCACUGCCCGCCCGCUGUCUCAGGUUGAAGCCUCACAGGAUGGUGCAGGACCUUCGUGUGUGACCCCCCGGGCUCCAAGCAGUGCUGCCGGGCCCCAGGCCCCUCUGGAGAUGAAUCUUUGCUGGAACGAGAUCAAAAAGAAAUCCCACAGCCUUCGGGCUCGGCUGGAGGCCUUCUCUGACCACAGUGGGAAGCUGCAGGUGCCUCUCCAGGAGAUCAUUGACUGGCUGGGGCAGAAGGAUGAGGAGCUGUCGGCACAGCUGCCCCUGCGGGGCGAUGUUCUCCUGGUGCAGCAGGAGAAGGAGACACACGCGGCUUUUAUGGAAGAAGUGAAGUCUCGGGGACCAUACAUUUACUCUGUCCUGGAGUCAGCACAGGCUUUCCUUUCCCAGCACCCAUUUGAGGAAUUAGAAGAACCAACUUUGGAAAGCAAAGAUGUGUCUCCCCGGCACCGGAUCCAGAACAUCAGCCGCUUUGUCUGGAAGCAGGCGAACGUGGCCAGCGAGCUGUGGGAGAAGCUCACAGCCCGGUGUGUGGACCAGCACCGCCACAUUGAACGGACCCUGGAGCAGCUGCUGGAGAUUAAAGGGGCUAUGGAGGAGCUCAGCACCACCCUGGACCAGGCUGAAAGCGUGCGGGAGACAUGGGAACCCAUCGGGGACCUCUUCAUUGACUCCUUGCCAGAGCACAUCCAGUCAACCAAGCUGUUCAAAGAGGAGCUCUCCCCCAUGAAGGAUGGGGUGAAAGUGGUCAAUGAUCUUGCACACCAGCUUGCUAUCUCAGAUGUCCACCUGUGUAUGGAGAAUUCCCGCACCCUGGAGCAGAUCAACACCCGCUGGAAACAGCUGCAGGCCUCCAUAAACGAACGCCUGAAGCAGCUCCAAGAUGCUCACCGGGAUUUUGGACCAGGCUCCCAGCACUUCCUCUCCUCCUCUGUCCAAGUCCCCUGGGAGCGAGCCAUUUCCCCCAACAAAGUGCCAUACUACAUCAACCACCAGGCCCAGACGACGUGCUGGGACCACCCAAAGAUGACAGAGCUGUACCAGACACUGGCGGAUUUGAACAACAUCAAGUUCUCGGCAUAUCGGACGGCCAUGAAACUUCGGCGGGUGCAAAAAGCCCUUCGAUUGGACAUGGUCACCCUGGCCACGGCUUUGGAAAUCUUCAAUGAGCACGACCUGCAGCCCAGCGACCGGGCCAUGGAUGUGGUGGAGGUCAUCCACUGCCUGACCGCCCUCUAUGAGCGGCUGGAGGAGGAGCGGGGCAUCCUGGUGAACGUGCCCCUCUGCGUGGACAUGAGCCUCAACUGGCUGCUGAAUGUCUUUGACAGUGGCCGCAGUGGGAAGAUGAGAGCUCUCUCCUUCAAGACGGGCAUUGCGUGUCUGUGCGGGACAGAGGUCAAGGAGAAGUUCCAGUAUCUUUUCAGCCAAGUGGCCAACGCCGGGGGACUGUGUGACCAGCGGCACCUCGGCGUCCUGCUCCACGAGGCCAUCCAGGUCCCACGCCAGCUGGGGGAGGUGGCAGCGUUCGGGGGCAGCAACGUGGAGCCCAGCAUCCGCAGCUGCUUCCGCUUUAGCAAUGGGAAGUCUGCCAUUGAGGCGUCCCAGUUCCUGGAGUGGGCCAACCUGGAGCCACAGUCCAUGGUGUGGCUGGCGGUGCUGCACCGGGUGACCAUGGCCGAGCAAGUGAAGCACCAGACCAAGUGCUCUGUGUGCCGGCAGUGCCCCAUCAAGGGGUUCAGGUAUCGGAGCCUGAAGCAGUUCAAUGUGGAUAUCUGUCAGACCUGCUUCCUCACCGGGCGAGCCAGCAAGGGCAACAAGCUGCACUACCCCAUCAUGGAGUACUACACCCCGACCACAUCCAGUGAGAACAUGAGAGACUUUGCCACGACACUGAAGAACAAGUUUCGGUCCAAGCAGUACUUCAGCAAGCACCCACAGAGAGGUUACCUGCCCGUCCAGUCUGUGCUCGAGGCUGACUUCUCUGAGACCCCAGCCUCCUCCCCGAUGUUACCACAUGCUGACACACACUCCCGGAUUGAACACUUUGCCAGCAGGCUUGCAGAGAUGGAAAGCCAGAAUUGUUCCUUCUUCAGUGAAAGCCUGUCCCCUGACGACAGCCUGGAUGAGGACCAGUACCUGCUGCGCCAUUCCAGCCCCAUCACUGACAGAGAGCCUGGGGGCAGCCAGCCAGUUCCAGGAAGCCUCAACAUGGAUGACAAGGGAGAGCUGGAGAGAGUCCUGGCCCACUUAGAGGAUGAAAACAGGAUCCUCCAGGGAGAGCUGAGACGUUUGAAAUGGCAGCAUGAUGAGGCAGUGGAGUCUCCAACCUUGGCUACAAGCUCUCCUGAGUCAGUGCAAGACCCACGUAACGACGAGCUCCUGGCAGAAGCGCGAAUCCUGCGGCAGCACAAGAGCCGUCUGGAGACACGGAUGCAGAUCCUGGAGGACCACAACAAGCAGCUGGAGUCACAGCUGCACAGGCUGAGGGAGCUGCUGCUACAGCCUCCAGCAGAGUCAGAAGGCAAUGGUUCAGCAGCCUCUUCCUUGGCCUCAUCUCCACAUCAGUCAGAAGGUAGCCAGGCAAAGGAGAAGGAGCACAACACCCCUGACACUGAAACUGCAGAUGAGGUGGAAGCCAAAACCCAGGAAGUCAGCAUGUGCCUGGAAGACAUAAUGGAGAAGCUGCGGAGCGCCUUCCCCAACUCUCGAGGUAUGACCUCCCUUAUCUAA